AGAAAAUGGUAUCAAAUGGUAAGGUGGUAACCACAACGUUGAAGGCACGAUAUGGUAACGAUGUGCGUAAAAUGACGAUCCACCAUAGCGAUGACAUGUCAUACAACGAUCUUGUUUUAAUGAUGCAACGAAUAUUUAAGCUUCAAAGUUCAGCUAACAUAUCGUUGAAAUAUAAGGAUGAAGAUGGUGAUUAUAUAACAUUGGCGGAUGAUACGGAUUUGUUACUGGCACUUCAAACGGAAACAAAACUUUCGAUAAUCGUUUUAAGUGAUGAAAGUGAUUCUACUCAAGUAAUGAAAUUAGAGACUCAAUUAGAAGUAGUACGCGAUACAGCCACUUCUAUUCUGGAAACGUUGAAAGCAAUUAAGAUUGGUACCAAAAUGAAUAAAUGUGAAGUUGUCAGAGAAUGUACCAUUGGUAAUUUGAUGAAAAAUAGCGAAUCAGUUGCAACAAUCCAACCAUCUGUCCAUGAACAGGUAAAUAAUUUAACAUCAACUUAUGGUGCACCUCUUUCGGCUAAAAUUGAUUCAUCCAACAAAGACGCUCCUCAUAGAAAGCUGAUGGAUGGCAUAUCACUACCACCAACCACACCAGUUGAUGUGCAAAAUUCUCAGUCAGUCGGGCAUUCUACAUCAUCAAGAGAAGGUUCACACAGUGAACCAAAUACGGAAAUUGAUAUAUCAUCGAGCACUCAUCUCAUAACUUCAUCGUUUCCUCCUACACAACGCGAAGCGGGUGAUCGUAUUCCCCCAGCACCGGCUCCGAAUUCUUUAUUGCCUCAAGCUCUUCCGUCUCACUUAGUACCGUCAGCUCCAACAGGUCCAUUGCAAGCUGGGCCACCAUCUUUGCCACUUCAAACACAACUGCCGGCAAUAAAUGCAUACGAUCAACAGCAGCCAAAUGCACCAAUUUCUGCUCCACAGUCGGAAUACCGCUUUGGUAUGCCACCCCUGAGCCAGAAUAUAUCAUCUUAUGGUGUCUCAGCUUCGCAACCGCAACAACAACAACAGCAACAUCAGCAGCAGCCGUUUGGCAAUAUGAUAGGCAGUGCUAAUGCAUUACCGCAGCCACCUCAACAAGUACCACUUCAGAUUCCACCAGCCACUGUGCCUGGUACACUACCACCACCAGCAUCAUCAAUGCCAGUUUCUGGCCUACCACCGACUUCCGGAUUCGACGCACCACCAACUUCUUUCGGUACACAAAUGGUCAGUACUGUAAUGCAGUCGCAAACUUCACCGCAGCAGAUGUCCUAUUCAGGAAGCCCAGCAACUCUUCAAAGUUUCAAUCCAACGGCGGCAAGACCAGGUAUGUCACCGCAUUCGAUAGCUCCUCCACCAUCCUCAAUCGCACCUCUUGGUAGUUUUGAACGUAAUUCACCAGCGACAGCUGUUGUGCAUCCCCCCAUUGGUCUACCACCAACGAUGCCGUUCGGUACGGCCGCAGGUGCUCCAAAUCCAUUUGCUCGCGGUACACAGCCUUUGCAUCACAUGCGUUUUCCGUUGCAGCCGUCCGGAUAUUGAUUUUGUCUUUCUCCUUCCGAAUGGUAAAUGAAAAGAAUCCAAAAAAUAUGUUCUCAUGUGGGAAUUUUCGCCUUUCUUUUAUUAUUUCUUGCAGCUGUUCCUCACUACAGCGGUCAUUUAUUUUAUCUCUUUCCAU